GUUGCGAAGGGAACUAGUCCGGUGCAGGACGUGGGGCUUUUGCAGCCUAGCUGGUUCCGGCUGGGGAAGAUGGCGGUGGCUGGGGCGGUGUCCGAGGAGCCGCUGGUGCACUGGUGCACCCAGCAGUUACGGAAAACUUUCGGCCUGGAUGUCAGCGAGGAGAUCAUGCAGUAUGUUUUGUCAAUUGAGAGUGCUGAAGAGAUACGAGAAUAUGUUACUGAUCUCCUCCAGGGAAAUGAAGGCAAAAAAGGUCAAUUCAUAGAAGAACUUAUAACCAAAUGGCAAAAGAAUGAUCAGGAGUUGACUUCUGAUCCUUUGCAGCAGUGUUUCAAAAAAGAUGGUAAGUUAAUGUAAUCAAGUAAAUGUUGAAAUAUUGGCAA